GGAGGCGAGCGAGGUGAAUUUGCCGGUGUUGCUCCGACGUCGGAGGACGAAGACGCUAUGGCCUCUGGGGCAAAUAAGCUGACGGUUUCGCUUCUGUAAGGGAAAAGGAAGUAAGGAUUCGUUGGGUCUUGGUCCGGUUGCUUCGGCAUCGUGCUGGGGGCCAACGCGACGCGUGAAGCAUUUGAACUUCCCGCACAAUGGAACACGAGCGUUUCGUACCCCUUCUGUUUGGUUUCGAAGUUUCGAACCACCUUACAGGCCCAUUUAGAUGGACAAUCUAUUAUGCGAACCAUUGUGCGAACAUUCGAAACUAGUUGACAUCUGGCGCGGCCAGUUCAACUGAGACUGAAACAUGGCGGAUGAUGCGGAGCAACCGGCACCAAGUGCCGUUGAAGAGCCUCUGGACUUGGUGCGCCUCAGCUUGGAUGAGAAGAUUUAUGUAAAAAUGAGAAACGAACGAGAACUUAGGGGAAGACUUCAUGCCUAUGACCAGCAUCUGAACAUGAUCCUGGGCGACGUCGAGGAAACGGUAACGAGUGUUGAAAUCGACGAAGAAACCUACGAAGAGGUGUACAAGAGCACGAAACGUUCCAUCCCAAUGCUGUUCGUCAGAGGAGAUGGUGUCAUCCUCGUUUCACCCCCUGUCAGAGUGAACAACUGAGCUUCUAUGUAAAAUAAACCUUUAUGUAAUGAA